GAUAGAUAGAUAGAUAGAUACAUAGAUAGAUACAGAAAGAAGGAGAAAGAGAGAGAGAGAGAGAGAGAGAGAGAAGGAAAAAGGGUUGAAAGUCUAGCAGGAGAGAACGUCUCUUCCUUUCUCCAUCCUAAGAGCAACGUCCCUCGACGUCGUUCCAUGCUGGAUCCGAGAGUUGGACCAGGUACGACGGAGAGGGAAGAGAGAAUGCGAGAACCUCCUAAAAGUCUGUGAAACAUGAUUUGUCAUACGGAUGUCGCGGGUGGUAAUCGUAAGACGAGCAACACCAACGACGAAGACGAGGACGACGAGGAGGACGAGAACGAGAACGACGAGGACGAGGACAAGGAUAAUAACAACGACGACGACGACGACGACGACGACGACGGCGAAGAAGAUAAGGAGGAGAACGAAGACAAGGAGGAGGACAAAAAGGAAGAUAAGGGAACGAAUCUUAGGUGGAUUAUCGAGUCUAACGCGUUGGGAAUUAUUCUCAGCGAGGAGGGUAGAAUAAGAAGGAGAAGAAGAAGAAGAAGAGGAGAGAGAGGAGAAGAAGUAGUAGAAGGAGAAAGAGGAGAAGGAGGAGGAAGAGGAGAAGAGGAAGAGGAAGAAGAAGAAGAAGAAGAAAAAGAAGUGAAAGAAGAAGAAAAAGAAGAAGUGAAAGAGGAAGAAGAAAAAGAGAAAGAAAAAGAAAGCGAGGGCGCAACGUCGCGGGCGUGUUCGCGGGCGUUCGGUGAUAAGGUGGUGCGUUCACCAGGUGUCGGAUGACUCGGCGACGAGGGCUUAGAUAUCCCGUAGUCGUAGAAAAGGCGCGUUACCCCGCGAUAAUAAUAAAUAUAAUAACAACAGAAGUUUAUAUAUCGUUCGCAUAUUCGAGAGGAGAACGUACGCGCGAGUCCGUCGCGCUCUCUCGUCGGCGACGUCGCCGGUGUUGGCGCUGCAUAGCCGGCCUCCUAGCCAGGCCGCUGGCCAGCCUCCUGCCCAUCAACGCGUUAGACCCCGACCUCCAACCCGUGAUAAAACGCGCCCAAUCUCUUUAGACCGUGAUGGAGGACUUACCCGAUAUAUCGCACCUCACUCCCGAGGAGAGGCGCAUCAUCGAGGAGGUUAUGAUACGACAGAAGAAGGAGGAGGAAAAAGCGAAUGAGAUUAUGAGACGAAAGCAGGACGAGGUUCAAGUCCUGGAGGAAACGAUACGAGCCCGUUCGGAGAAACACAAGAAGGCUGGGGUGGAGCUUAACGCCACGUGUCAAGUAUGCAUGAAAACCAAGUUUGCCGACGGCAUUGGUCACAACUGCAACUACUGCCACAUCCGGUGCUGUGCACGCUGCGGUGGAAAGGUCACUCUACGUUCGCGUAGGGAAAUAUGGGUGUGCAUCCUCUGUCGGAAGAAGCAAGAGGUCCUUACGAUGACGAAGGCCGGCCUCGGUGCCGCGGACAACGCGAUGCUGCCACGAAUGCAGGAGGACAUGCAGGUGGGUGGUCCUCCGGGACUCGUGGACCAAACUCAGGAUAAGAGGCCGAAACUCGAGAGGGCGCACAGCGCAGCCGAGAAGGAGAACCUGCCUUUGCUGCAAAGAAGCGGAAGUCUGCUCAAAAGGCAGUACUCCCAGCAAGAGCAGGUUCCAGGACGUCGGGUGUCCACGAGCGAUAGCGGAGUAGAGAUGUCUGUUUCACCUCAUUCGAGAACUCUACCGACACCCCAUGUAGUCGUUGGUUCGUAUCCCGCUCAACAAAUUCCAAGACAUCCUGAAGCCUACCCCGAGGACGAUCCUAGUCUGUACAGGGGUGAAAUCGACGGUCUCAUGAGACAACAUCCGCAAAAUUAUCCGAGGCAACGACCGAUCUAUCAGGAUCAGAACUCUGACAUUGCAAUGGCGUAUGGUCAAUCAGGGACGGAGACCGGUCCUUCGCGUGGACCGGUACAUCCCUCGCAGCAACACGCUGUGGUACAUCAAGCGCAAGGUACGCAUCCCUCUCAAUCAGCUGCCUCAGGUCAGAGUACUCUUCAGCAACAAAGAAGUUAUAGUAGCAGCGAGGAAGAACGAAGUACGCCGGAAUGUGGUAGCGACGAGCCGGACGAGUCCGAGAAGGGAGAGAAACCACCGUCCAUGGUAGUCACUUCCAGGAGCACGAGGGAGAAGUCUGGUGACAGAAUGAAUCGGCAGUUCCUCGGGCAUCCUUUCUCCUGGCAAGUCAGCAGAGACGGUCAGAAGUUAAUCGGACACAUGGUCUUAAGAAAGUCCUUGGGUUCUGGAAGCAGUACAAGUAUACUCGGUCUCAAGGUCGUCGGUGGUAUACUCUUAGAGGAUGGUUCUAUGGGAGCUCUUAUCGAAAAAGUCAAGAAGGGUAGUACAGCUGAUAUAGAAGGUCAAUUGAGACCAGGCGACGAGGUACUCAAAUGGAACGGUAGAUCUCUUCAGGGUAAGAGCUUCAGGGAUGUAUACGAGAUUAUCGCGGAAUCGAGACAGGAGUCUCAAGUUGAAUUGAUAGUUUCGCGAAAUUUAUCGGCCGCAUUGGCACCGAGUACUACGACAAUGACGACAACAACGACAAUGGUAGGGCAACAACAACAACAACAACAACAACAACAACAACAAGGACCACCGGGUUCGUCGAUGUCUGUACCGUCCAGGCGAAUUCCUACACAGUCACAAUGGAGACAAAAGCAAGACUCCAUUUCCGGUUCUCAACAACCCCAUCACAAAGAUUAUAUGAUUUUUCGCAUUCCAGGUCUUAAGAAAUGCAUCCUAUGGGAAUUGUACGACGCGAGGCGCGAGAAACCGUCGGUUUUAGUGACGUCACCUGGCUCACCGGAUCUACACGGUCAAGGACGCGUAAGGCAACCCCGUAGAGGAGUAUCAGGAAAUGCAAACGUCGGUGGUACUCUUCAAGUGAAGCUUGCCUUCGAUCCCGUUGCACUUCAACUAAUUGUCACUGUCGUUUACGCUUCAAAUCUUACUCCACGUCCCGAUGGUCAACCAAGAAAUCCAUACGCCAAGAUCUUUCUACUUCCCGAUAGGAGCGAGAAGUCGAAGAGACGGACGAAAACGUUGGCUAACACGAACGAUCCAAGAUGGAAUCAGACUUUCGUUUACAACGGGAUAAGAAGAUCGGAGCUUAGAAAGAGAGCAUUGGAGAUUACGGUUUGGGAUUACGGGAGGUACGACGCGAACGAUUUUCUUGGUGAAGUCGUCAUAGAAUUGGCGGUUGCUCCAUUGAACGAAGAACCCGAGUGGCAUCCAUUGACGGUACAUACGGAACAUCGGCAUUAUCAGGAGGCCGACGAUAUGGUGAUAACACCGGUGGAUUGCCAUCUUAGCCCGCCGUCGACAACAUCGAGAUUAAGCGAUUCCGACACUUCGGAGUGCGACAUCACGGAUUGCGACGUCUCCAGGGAACAGAGACGAACGGCUGACGGUGCCAGCAUAAGUAGUAUCGGCAGUUCCUCCAGGUUUCAUAAUAUGCCGUCAAAUUAUAAGCGCCACUAUUCUAGCCCUCCGCCGGAAAGAGAGCUGUGCGUCGAUGGUGAACAUCGGAGUCGAAGGGACAUGUCGCCUCAAGGUCGUAAAAGAGCUGCCCUUAUGGUCUCCCGCGAUCAACCCGCCUCGAUUUCCGGCUAUCAGAUUUAUCGGAAGGACGAUAUUCAUCGUGGAAUGAUGGGUCACAGAUCCCACAGCGCAGCACCAAUGGACUCACCUAGCGUACGUUAUCGUGGGAGAUCCCAAAGUCCCACCGGUCAUCGUUCUUUAUCUCCGCCCGAACACAGAUCCAUGCCUUAUUCGCACAGUUACAUGCCGAGAUUUGGUUCCAGAUCGGCAACAGCCACGCCUACCGGUUCGCCAAAGAAGCGUCAGCUUCCACAAAUUCCAGCAGCCCUUAAAGAGAGAGUAGCUCAAGAUCUCGAAGAAAGAGCAAGGUUUAUGAGGCAUCGUACUAGGCAAGGACACAUUACGUAUAGGAGUACGGGAAUGGGAGGCUGGGAAAGACACUACAGCGGUCUUUCAGACUCGGAUCUACCAUCGAUCGGUCAUGAUCCAUUAUCCUUACCGCACAGUAAUGCUCACAGACUGCACAGACCACGAAGGGGGCAUUUAAGUCCGGACAAAGAUGUCCUUGGUGACCUUGGGGACUCCGACAUGGAGAGCAUAGCCUCCAUAACGAGCAGUGCCUUCAGUACGCAAUCGGAACGACCACGUGGAUCGAGGGGAUUAAUGCUACGGGACACCGGCCUGUUGUCGCGCCGAGCCAAGAGUUUCGAGUACGAGACCAUUUCAAGCAACAUAUUCAGCGACGACAGUCUCAGAACGGCGAGGAGGAAGUUGAAGAGAAAUCUUUCUCUGAGCGACGCCGGUUACGGCGACAAGAUACCGGCGUUGGGGGAUCAGAGCAAGUCCUACUACGAUUCGAACGGCGACGAUAAGCCGCCAAAGAGUUUGCUGAACAAGGAGCCCAAUUACGAUUACCUCACGAGCCAAGAUCACAAGCCUUUUUACGGUUACGAUUCGGAGCUCAGCGCGGGCGAGACAGAGAUUUACGUGCCGAGCUUCGAUAAACGGACGACGAGCAUAAUCGAGGACUAUCAUCACCAUCGACCUUACCCACCCCUAGAUCCGCGCCGUCUUACCACCGCCACGACGCUCACCGACGACCUUAGAUCCACCUUCGGCCGCGAGGACACUACCAAGAGGAAAUACGUCGAGUCCUCUUCUUAUCAGGAUCACGACGCCACCACCUUCAACGCGCACAUAUCCGCCGAGAAGAGAACGAAGAAUCUCGACAAUCCGGACCUCUGCGAUCCUUUGAACGAUCACGUUUAUUGCAGCAUCGACGAGACAGUAUCAUCCUCGGACAAUUGUUACAACGCAACCAGAAGCGACGACGAGUACGAGCAAGCGAGGAGGCUCGCUAUGAUUUCUUCUCUUCCGCCACGUAGACGAACAAAAAGUACCGACUCCUAUCUCGAGGACGAUUACGAACGUUACGAAAAUUGGGACGUCGAUUACGACGACGAGGACGAGGGUUUCAUCGAUCGUCGAAAUCACGAGGACUACGACGACGAGGACGAGGACCUCGACGAGGACGUCGAACGAUACGGUUACGAGAACGGGGACGAUAUGACCGGGACUGCGACUACGACGAAUACGACGAUGACGGGGACUACGACGACGAUGACGACGACGAACUUGCGUAACAACGAUCGCUCGAUUUAUAAUCGUCGUCAUCAAGACGAUUACUAUCGGGACGAACAUCCACGACGUACAGCCGCUUCGAGGAACGCACAGUUUGACGAUGGUACUCUAAUCGUCGACGACUAUUACAACGGGUAUCGUAGCGCCGACGACUACGAUUAUCACCGUACGAUAACGCACACCCCGAGUGGCCUCGAGAACGAUAAGAGUUACAACGUCAAUACAUUCCCACGAAGGCGUAGGAGAAGAAGCAGACGAGGUAGCAGAGGCGAUAACAGCAACGUCGUCUCCUACGAGAACGUAAGACCUUCGAACGUACGGGACGUCCCAUUGUCGAGGAAGGACAGCCUGGCCGUACCGAGUUUUUUCGAGAGCAAGAGAAUGAUGAUCCAACGCGCGGAGUCCACGCCGGUGUUGCAUUCCGACGAGGAUCCAACGGCGUGUUCCGCGGCUAUGGAUGCCAGAAACAGACGUCUUUAUCGCAGGAGACGUAACAGCAGUUGUCCCGAGACGAAGGGUUACAUCCGUACGAGCGAGACCUUCCUCAGGCGUGGAAGUUGCAAGGACGAGGAGAGAAGGUCGAACUUUAUGCUGGACUCCGAGGAGGAGUUUGGCUCGAUGGAGACGGUCGUCGGUGCCGAUUACUUUAGACGGAAAAACGAGUUGGACCCUCGUGACGAUGGUGGUGGUGGUGGUGGUGGUGGUGGUGGUGGUGGUGGUGGUGGUGGUGGUGGGGGUGGUGGUAGUGGUGGUGGUGGUGGUGCUGUUGGUGGUGGUGGUAGUAGAGGUGGUGGUGUAGUCCUUGUAGGCGAAGACCGAUUAGGAUCGGGUAGAUCAGAUUACUACGACGACGAGCCGCCGGUAGACUCCUCGAGGUACGAUCUCCUGCCGGAUUACGAGUGUCGCGAAUGUAACGAGGCUGCCGCCGCUCGCGAAUUCGUUAGGUCAGGGUCGCUACGUUCCUCGAACACGCACGAGUCGCGUUAUCAGAAUUGGUCGUCCUCGACGCGCGGUAGUAUUAGACGAAAGAGUAGCUGUCCGGAGUGCCGUGAGCUGGCGCUGUCCUCUUCCGGUGCCGAUUUAGCCGGCGUUGGUAGGUCGCGUAGGAGCGAUGAGAGGAGGUCGUUAGUCGAGGCGAGGCAGAGGUAUCGUAGGCGAAACAGCAGCUGCCCCGAGGCUAGGGAACUCGAGCUUAUAGAGAAGAGGCAGCAACAGCCGCAGCAGGACGGCAGGCACCAGUCGCGUCAGCCUUCGGCGAUGCAGUCGAUGCAGACCCAACACCGCCAGCAGCAACAGCAACAACAGCCGAGUAGUAAGAGGAACGUGGCGAUAAGCGACACCCUCGAGUACUACGAGUACUCGAUGGAGAGCGAGAGCCAGUGCAGCGAGAACUGCGGAUUUGGCCCGUGCGAUCCGCGUAGGCCCCGUAACCGAGCACCCCGCCCCGGUAACGCUAAUUCAAGUCUCUUUGAUUCCCAAACCGCUACCUCCGACACUGCUAAAAACUACCACCCACGGGCCGACGAUCAUCAACACGAAAACCCACGUACGAUCGCGAAACCGACAUCGACGCAACAACAACAACAACACCAACAACAACAACAAUAUCAACAUCAAUAUCAACAACAACAACAACAACAUCAACAACAACAUCAACAACAACAUCAACAACAACAUCAACAACGACAACAACAACUACAACAACAACAACUACAACUACAACAACAACAACAUCAUCAUCAACAACCACAUCAUCGACAUCAUCAACAUCGCCAAACGAACCACGAACCACGAUCGUCGUCGUCGUCGUCGCCGCCGCUGCCGCCGCCGCCGCCGCCACUCCCGCACCCGCACCCGCCGCCGUCGUUGUCGUCGUCGUCGUCGUGUCAAUACUGCGCCCUCCCUCCUCCUUCUAUUCAUAAUAAAAACGCCGCCGCUAAUAAUUAUUAUCCCAAUCGUCGCGACCACGACGGUGAAUUCCCAACGUCCCAUCGGCGUACCCAUCGGAAAAUAAUAUCUUAUAACGACGCCGGCGGCGACGCCGACGGUACCGUCGACGGUCACUCGGCGACGACCGUCAUCAUCAACGAUGGUGACGUUCUCGACGGUGAUGUUGAUCAUCGACGACGACGUUACGACGACGACGACCCGCGGGAUCGUCGCUCCUCCUCCAUGCCCGAAAACAGCGAGUACUCCGGCCAGUCGAGCUCCUACGAGAAGCCAACGAGGCAUCAGACGACCGACAAUGGCCACGACGAACAACAUACCGGAAAACGGGGCCAAUUUACUAGGAGUCUCAGUAACACGGACGCACCACCGGACGAAAAAGUCGAUGGUAGCUUGAGCGACACCGCCGUGAGUUUACACGUGGAUGAUGCCUCGAGGAGGGGUCGUAAGAGUUCACCGGGUAGUAAAAGCGGAAGCGGAAGUAGCAGCGGCGGCGGAAGCGCCGUACAGUAUCAGGCCGGUCUUGGAAAGAAGAGUAACAGCACGAGUCAGCUAUCCGCGACAGAAAACGGGAUGCUCGUCCUCGGUGGUGGUGUCGGUGGUAGUGGUGGUAUCCAUGGUAGAGUUGGUGGUAGUAGUGGUACUGGUGUUGGUAGUAGUGGUACUGGUGGUAUUGGUGGUGGUAGUGGUAGUGGUGGUAUAGGUGUUGCUGGUAUUGGUGUUGCUGGUGUUGCUGGUGCUGGUAGUGGUGGUGGUGGUAGUGGUGGUGGUGGUGGUAGUGGUAGUGGUACCAUUAUCAGCGAGUUACGAGUCGUGGCUUUUUCGAAUCGGAAGCGCAACAGUACACCGAGCAGCAUCCAACGUUCCGAGGAGAUCUAUUCGUUCUAUCAACGCUUCGAUUCUGGCAAGAUGAUGGUGGGAUCGGUGGCCAGCGAUACAGCCGGAAGUCUCAACUCGAUAUCUAGUUCCGAAGGAAGCUCCUGGUCGCCCAGUCUGCGAAUGGCAGGGGAGACCGGGCAGUUGAGAGACUUCAUCGAGGAUCUUGGUCCUGCACAAGUAGUUGGAAGACAAGCAUUAGGUGCCGGUUAUCUCGGUGCCAUACAGUUAUCACUUAGCCAGACGAAAGGCUAUCUCGAAGUAGAGAUCAUCCGUGCCAAAGAUCUUAAAACGAAAUUUGGAAGCAAAGGAAUUCCAGCUCCUUACGUGAAGGUUUAUCUUGUCAAUGGAAAGAAAUGUAUAGAAAAAGCGAAGACCUCGACAGCACGAAAAACGUUAGAUCCUUUUUAUCAAGAAUCGUUGGCAUUUAGAGAAAAUUUCCGGGGUUGUAUAUUGCAAGUUACAGUUUGGGGUGAUUAUGGCCGUUUCGAAGGGAAAAAAGUGUUCAUGGGCGUCGCACAGAUCGUAUUGGACGAUCUGAACCUGAAUCAGAUGGUGUUCGGAUGGUACAAACUGUUUGACGCCACAUUGCUGGUCAGUGGGCCUUCAACCCUUGCUUUAUCACGUCGCUCCUCAGCCACGUCCUUAGAAUCCUGUAAGAUCUAAGAAUGAUGUUUGUCGAUUAGAAGAUCGAAUUUUAGUUACGCUUAUACAUAUAUAUAUAUAUAUGUAUAUAUACAUAUAUAUAUAUAUAUAUACACAUAGUCAAAAUUUAUAAAACAAAACAUUUAUUUCGCACGCUUUUUAAUGAACACACGGAAUUCGGAGAACCAGAAAGAAAAAGGAAAAGAAAAGAAAAGAAAAGAAAAAAGAAAGGAAAGAAAGGAAGUAAGAAAAAAAAUAGAAAAUAAGAGAAUAGAUAAAAAGGAUGAGAGAGCAGACGAACGGAAUCGAACGUAUGGGGAUUAGAACUUUAUAAGAAAUAAAUCUCUGUAAUAAUUACUUAAAUAAUAGAUUUAUAUACGCGGAGAAUCGCUUUAGCUUUCGUCUCAUUGUAAUUUCACGUGAACUAAAUACUUAAACCUACAAAGAUAAGUUAACUCUCGUGAGUUAUUCAUUAUGUAUUUAUUCGAUAUGUAGUCUGUGCUUAUAUGCUUCAUAUAGAAAGGACAAGUUUAUCAGCUCUUGAACUAAAUCGUAUGAUCUAUCUGAUCAGAAAUUACAACAACCUUUUUUGUCGAGAAUAAAGUGUCACUUGUUAAUGAUGA